AUGGACAGAAUAACAAAGUUGCCUGAGCACAUCAUAUAUCACAUCAUAUGUCGGGUUGGCCGUUACAACCUAAAAGAGGCAGCUCGAACUUGUGUCUUGUCCAAGACAUGGAAUUGCCUUUGGACUUUGAGACCUGACCUGAUGUUCAAUCAGUGCAGCCACAACAGUUUCAGGUCGUUGGAGAAAUUUGUCAAAUUCGUCGACGAUUCCCUUGAGCCUUAUGUCAAGGAAAACCUAAGCAUCAAUUCAUUCAUCCUUCGACAGCUUCGUCAUCCAGAAUUGGCUUGGCAUUUAGAUCGAUGGAUGAACGUGGCAAUUAAACAUAAUGUCAGAGAGCUUGAAAUUAACUCAGGGGCGCUCUACUAUAACGUUCCUGAUACUAUUUAUGCAGGGGUGCCUUUGUACAAGCAACAGAAGAAACGUGAAGUGGAACUGCUGCCUUGCAAAAUUGAUAUUAUAGAUGGUUAUAAGACACUCGAAAUUCUCAGCUUGGAAGCUAGCAUCAUGACGGAUCAACAGUUUGAACAUCAAUGCUCUAAGUUGUCAUCCCUUAAGGAAUUGGAAUUAAGGAGAUAUUAUUGUUUAACCAAAAAUAGGGAUUUCGGUCAAAGCUUAUGCUAG